AUGAGUUUUUACAACCAAUUCUCUCCAUCUUAUGAUUAUCAUCUACCACCAUGCGAAUGGGGCUAUGCAUUAAAAGCGAAGUUGGACGAUCAAGAAAGGUACAGUUCACCUAUGCCAUUGAUUGGGAUGUAUAUCGCAUUAGCAUCUCUAUUCUGCAUCCUUGCAAUGGUGGCUGAUCUUUUUCAUGGUCUGAGGAACAGAAAGCUCUGGUUUCCGUGUAAAUAUUUCACUGUCAAUGCUGCUUCUCUCACUGUGAUAGCUGUUGCAAUAAAGCUACCCAUGGAUCUAACUAAUCUAAUGCCAGGCUAUGUUGACCAGGCUCCAAAGCUUGGAAGCCUAGGCUUUAUGUGCACCAUGAUGGUUAAUUUAUUGCCUUCUCUUGCAUCCAUGGACAGCAAGGAGCUUGUCACAAACAUGCUGGCUUUAGGUGUUCUUGUACUUACCUUGGUUGGGAAUGUCUGCAUUCAAAUAAACACGGGAGUUUUAUCAUAUCAUGAAAGUAGCGAUCCAUACUAUUUUCAACUUCAUUAUAAAGAAAUCUCCCCAUCUUUCUCACGUUUAGAAGGCAAUGGUUUGAUGGCAACUAUUUAUGCGGGUAUGCUACUCAUGUUGCUGAUAAUAUUUGCAUGUUCAUCUAUAGCCAUUCUAAAGUCGAAGCAAAUUCUGGAAUCGAAAUACCAUGAAGCUCAUGAAAAAGCUAUAAAAGAUCAUCAAGAGCUUCAGCAACAAGGACAAUUAACUGUUGAGAAGCUAAAGAAGCAUGUGAGCAACUACUGGAUCAUGGCAAGAACCGGAAGCCCCCAAUUCAUGACAACUUGUUCUGCUACAACCGCUGCUUCUGGGGUAAUAUGUGCUUUUAGCACCAUCUUACAUAUUGUUAUUAUGGUUUCCAAUAUUAGAUCUCUAACAGACUACAAGUCGGAUUAUAAGUGGUCGAUGUCAGUGAUUUUCAUUAUACAGUUUAUUGGAGUCACUGUGGGUACCAUUGCCCCACUUUCUAGAUGUUUUGCAGUUUUAAGCUUUAAGUUGUCGGUAAAAUGGAUUUGGAACAAUAUCAAGGUCUUUAAAGUAGAAAGCUACUGGACUCGAAAGUUGUAUGAUUGGAAACUGAGUAGCACACCAUUCCCAUAUUUACAAAUUCUUGUUCUCAACGUUUGCAUAGGAUUUCAGAAGAUAGUGGUAGUAGCAUGCAAAAUGAUAGCUGUGAUUCCAAAUUUCUCUGUGAUAUGUGUCUUGUAUUGUUUCCAAUUUUGGAAGCGGUUAAAGGCCAUGUUUAAGGCGUCGAGCGUUGUGUUGGUACAAAAUCCUGAGCAAUUACAAGAAGGAAAUGAAAAUCUUAGUUGCUACGUUUUACAACUUCAAGAGGAUAUAGAGUUUGCUAAGAGAACAUUGAAAGGCAUUUUAAAAUCUGUGAACCUUUUGAUCCAAAAGGCUGAAAAACAACAACCUAACAAUCUUAUGAAGCUUCUUGCGGAAUCUAGAGGAUUUGAAGGGGUUGGAAAGUUUGAAAGCCAUCGUGUCCCUCCUUUACUUUCAGAAGAAUAUCUCAACUGUUGGAGUUUGCCAUUGGUGACUCUGACAUCCAUCGCCAUGUCUCUUCCAAACAUCCAAAAGAACAAAGUCGAUUGCUUGGUGAGUGGUGUGAGUGAAGGUCUUGUAUAUGUCAGACUUGUGGAAGAAACCCUCAAUGCUACUGAUAAUCAUGUAAGCAUUCAAAAGGCGGCUAAAACUUUGUGGGUAGAAGUUGAAGUCUACCACAAGUGGUUAGGAAACAAGCUACCAAAACCUAAGCCUAAAGUGAAUAAACCAGGAUAUAUUCUUCAAUGGUUAAGGGAUACAGCUAAAAACAAGGCCAAUGAGGUGGAAAGCAAAAAUGAUAACUCCAAAUACAAGUCUAUUUGUGCCAAUUCAAUGUAUCGUAUCACCGAAACAAUCCUGCUCUCAUACCACGAGAACAUUGACGAGAUUAGCCAAGAGGAACUAUUUGCACAGUUAUCAUCAAUGAUCGCUGAUAUAUUAGCUGCUUGUCUCACCAACUUACCCCAAGUCAUUGCAAUGAAAUGCCACGAAAAUGCCAUAGAAAAAAGGGAGGCGAGUGUCCAAGCUGCAGCCCAACUUCUUGGCGAGACUACACAGAUAAUCAACAGCCUUCAAGUUCGUGAACUUCCAAGUUUGAAUCCAGACGAGUUAGCGUUUAUUGACAAGUGGCGUGCUUACUUAAGCGACCCCUUUCCUUAA